AUGGAUCAAAUGUUAGAUUUUUCACACACCUCCUUUUCCAUGAGUGAAGAAGGAGUAUCAGUGGAAGGUAAUAUGACUUUUUGCUGGGACAUAGAUCCUAAAGAUCGACUAGAGGCUUCAACUUCAGUUUCCUACUUUGAUCGUGGAAGUUGGCAAGCUACUGUUCUUAAUAUUAAAUACAAGGAUUUUUGCGUCUCCAUGUUCGACCCCAAACAAUUUUGGUACCAAUUUUGGACGAAACAUGUUCUAAAUGCCGAGUAUUUAAUGAAAGUGUGUCCCCUUCCUGGAAUAACAUUUGUAUUGGAACCGUAUACACUGAAUCUACGAUUCGGGUUUGACGUGCCAUUAAAACCAGGACGUUACAAGAUUGUACUUCUCUUCUCGGCAAUAGAUGUCGACGACAAGGGCGAUGAUGAAUUGUAA